AAAAGGUGAAAGAAAGCACGACGUAUUUUUUAACAUCGUCUCUGCCUUGCCAAUCACAAGCUUCCGACUCACUCGUACUGCUCUCUCCCACUGAACCCCCCUGAACCCCCUCUCCCACUGAACCCCCUCAGUAAAAAAACCCAGAUGAAGAAUCGUACUCGCUUGCAGUACUGAACUGCUCAAAAGUCUCAUGAUCUUUUCGAAAUUUCAAACCCCCACCCAGUAAAAAUCUGUUUCAACAAUGGGAAGUUCCCUUUUCUUCAUCACCAUCGUCACGCUCACAGUCGCUUACACCCUCCAAUUCGAAGCUCAUGCUGCUCCUGCAGGGCCAUUGAUAAAGCACUUGUCUUCCCUUGUCAAGUGGACCAGGGCGGCGUCCGCCAAAGCUCCUCAAUCAGAUGGGAAUGUUGUUCAGUUUGAGAGUGGGUACUUAGUUGAGACUGUCGUGGAAGGAACUAAGAUUGGAGUUGUUCCUUUCAAGAUCCGCAUUUCAGAGGAUGGUGAACUCUUUGCUGUGGACUCUGUUAAUAGCAACAUUGUUCGGAUUGCUCUUCCGUUGUCCCAAUAUAGUAGGGGAAGAUUGGUUGCUGGAUCCUUUGAGGGUUAUACAGGCCACGUUGAUGGAAAGCCAAGUGAUGCUCGUUUCAAUCAUCCAAAAGGUGUAACCAUGGACGAUAAGGGGAAUGUGUAUGUUGCUGAUACCUUGAAUCAUGCCAUAAGAAAAAUUGGAGAAGCUGGUGUGACAACCAUUGCUGGUGGAAAAUCAAAUGUUGCUGGCUACAGGGAUGGACCCAGCGAAGAUGCAAUGUUCUCAAACGAUUUUGAUGUAGUAUAUGUCCAGCCUACUUGUUCCUUGCUAGUUGUUGACAGAGGGAAUGCUGCUCUUAGGCAGAUAUCUCUCAACCAGGAGGAUUGUGAUUAUCAGUACAGUUCAAUCUCUUCCACAGAUGUCCUUCUGGUUAUUGGUGCCGUCUUGAUUGGCUAUGUUACAUGCAUGCUUCAGCAGGGAUUUGGACCUUCUUUCUUCUCGAGAAUGCAGCAACCUUCAGAGAGUGAAACUAAAGAACAUCUGAGCAAUGAAAAAUCCACUCCAGUUGUGGAGAUUGUGAAAGACGACCCGGGAUGGCCAUCUUUUGGGCAGCUUGUAAUUGAUCUAUGCAAGAUUGGACUUGACGCGGUGACAGGCACAUUUCUUCAGUUCAUUCCCUCUCGUUUCGUGCCUGGUGGUUCUCACAAAGGCCUCACACCAUUAAAAGAUUCUCUGAAGAUGCCUGAAGAUGAAGCUGAGACCCCGUUGGUGCACAGGCAAAGCACUCCAGCUCCUCUGUCUGAAACUCGGCAGUCCCAUACUCCCAAUGCAAGCGAUAGAUAUUCAGAUAUGAAGCCCUCAAAGAUAAAGUCAAGUAGUUUUAAAGAUCCCUCUUUGUCAAGCAAGCACCGGUCUUCAAAGCGGCAGGAUUCUGCAGAAUUCUAUGGAUCUGGUGAAAGGUCUAAGAGCCAGAAAGAAAGAACAAGGCAUCGCCAACGAGAUAAGAGUGGAGAUGUAGUUUUUGGGGCUGUUGGGACAGAACCGAAACCUGUGGACAUGAAGACAGCAGCUGCUUAUGACAAUCAGAAGUUUGAUAACUACAAUAUGAGGAGCAGGUAUGGACCUGACAAUUCAUACCGGUUCUAAUCGAACUUCAACAUGGUUGCUACCACUUUUGGACCUGCUAAUUUCCACUAGGUUUUGCCUGAUCUUGAAUGUGUAUCCCUGUAUUCCAUUUGAGCUUCAGCUCGUCUGGAAUUUGAUUUUAUACAGAUAUGUGCUUUUGAGAGAAAAUUAUACUGAUCAUUUGGCUUGGCAUGGGCUCACAAUCAAAGAUUAACUGCAUAGGAUUCUAAUCUGGGGAGCAUAUGCUGCUGUCAUGCUAUUGACCCAUUUGACAUACAGAAGGAUUUUGCUCAGUUUAUUACAUAUCCCAGCUUUUCUUGUCUUUGUGUAAAACACUGUAGAAAAUGUGUACCUGGUCACUUUUUUGCCCCGGCACUUUUAAUUUCAUCACGAGUACUCUUAUACUUACCAAUUUAAAUCAAUUUUGUUCAA